AUGGGAGACGGAGGACAAAGGCGCAGAUGGGAGUACUGGUGUGUUGCUCUGCGUUUCUCUUUGCUGCUGUGCUUCGUGGAGCAGGUUUCGGCUCAGAUAAGGUACUCUAUUCCAGAGGAGGUGGAAGAGGGAGCCGUUGUUGGAAAUGUUGCUAAGGAUUUGGGUCUUGACGUCAGUAGUUUGGUGGAGAGACGGUUUCGUAUCGUUUCUGGAUCGAAGGACGCUCUUUUCCACAUAAAUCAGAACAAUGGCGUCUUGUAUGUUCAUAAGAAUAUCGACAGAGAGGAGCUCUGUGAUGGCACUGGCGUGUGCUUGAUGAACCUGAAGAUUGUAGUUGAGAAUCCUCUAGAAAUACAUUAUGUUCAGUUAGAAAUCAAAGAUGUCAAUGACCAUUCACCUAUGUUCACAGAAAAUGAGCAGCAUUUUGAAAUAGCAGAACAUGUCCCUCCGGGAACUCGCUUACAAAUUCCGACUGCUCGUGAUCCGGACAUAGGUGUAAACUCUGUACGUUUUUACAAAUUAAGUCAGAAUCAUUUUUUCGACAUUGAGAUAAAAGAUAGCGAUGAGGACAAAAUACCAUUUUUAAUAUUACAGAAAUCUCUAGAUAGGGAGAACAGAAUCAACCACUCAUUGGUUUUAACUGCUAUCGAUGGAGGGAAUCCGCCAAAAUCAGGAUCUCUAAAUAUAACCGUUACUGUUCUUGACGUAAAUGAUAACAAGCCUGUUUUUAGUCAAGACACAUAUUCUGUAACUUUACAAGAAAACGCCCCUAUUGGUACCAUCGUUGUAAAAGUAAAUGCUACUGAUCUAGAUGAAGGGUUAAACCGUGUUGUUGAAUACUCUCUUGGCAGAAACCUUAAAAGCAAAGUUUAUGACGUGUUUGAAUUGGAUAGCGUUACAGGUGAAAUUACAGUUAAGGCCCAGGUAGACUUUGAUGACACCGAGGUGUACAAACUUAGUGUGCAAGCAUCAGACAGAGGUCAGCCUCCAUGGACUGUCGAAUGCGGGGUUAUCAUAAAAAUACUUGAUGUGAAUGAUAACAAUCCCGAGAUAGAGGUAACAUCCCUUUCCAAUAUGGUCUCUGAAGAUUCCAAACCAGGAACUGUUAUUUCUCUCAUAAGCGUUACUGAUAAAGACUCCGGUAUUAAUGGAAAAGUGUUGUGUAGUCUGUUAGGAGAUGUACCCUUUGAGUUAAAACCUUCAUUUCAGGAUAAUAUGUACUCUUUAGUGACCAAACAACGAUUAGACAGAGAGUUUGUGUCCAAUUAUGACAUCACAAUAACAGCCACUGACUGUGGUCAGCCUCCCCUGUCCACAUUCAAAACUCUGAGCGUCCAGAUAUCAGAUGUGAACGAUAACAGCCCAGAAUUCUCUCAAAACCCUAUUGAGCUGUACUUAGUGGAAAAUAACGUCCCCGGUGCGUCCAUAUUCUCUGUAAGCGCCUCUGAUAAAGACUUUAAUGAAAAUGUAGCCAUUUCAUAUCACAUUGUUAGAGGCGAAGGGACACAAAAUGAUAUGACAUCUUUCCUGAAUAUCAAUUCUGACAAUGGACAUAUUUCUGCUCUAAAAAGCUUUGACUUUGAAACUUUAAAAACAUUCAAAUUCCAAGUUGUAGCUACAGACUCUGGAACUCCGUCACUAAGCAGCAACGUCACAAUAAACGUGUUCAUUCUGGAUCAGAACGACAACGCUCCAGUGAUAUUGUAUCCAGUCAGCGCUAACGGUUCCACUGAAGGUGUGGAGGAGAUUCCCCGCAAUAUGAACGCAGGCCAUUUGGUGACUAAAGUGAGAGCCUAUGACGCUGAUAUAGGAUAUAACGGCUGGUUAUUAUUUUCACUGCAGGAAGUUACUGACCACAGCCUCUUUGCUUUGGACCGUUAUACAGGACAGAUAAGGACACUUCGGUCAUUCACAGAGACAGACGAGGCUGAGCAUAAACUGGUCAUACUGGUAAAAGACAAUGGGAACGUUUCACUCUCAGCAACAGCUACUGUGAUUAUCAACGUUGUGGAGCCCGAAGAGGCUUUUGCAGCUUCUGAUGUUAAAAGCGCAGUAAAAGACGAGGAGGAGAACAGCGUUACAUUUUAUUUGAUCAUCACUUUGGGGUCAGUUUCAGCACUUUUUAUCAUCAGUAUCUUCGUGUUGAUUGUAAUGCAGUGCUCCAAUACCCCAGACGAUUCCUCCAAGUAUUUACAAGAUGUGAAUUACGACGGGACACUGUGCCACAGCAUCCAGUACAGAUCCGGAGACAAACGGUACAUGUUAGUUGGACCCAGAAUGAGUAUAGGUUCAACUAUAUUCCCGGGCAGCAAUGGGAAUACUCUAGUGGUACCUGACCACAGGAGGAGAGCUUCUGGAGAGGGUCUGUCCUUGAAAUCAGAGGAUCAGGAACGGACAGAGAAGAGAGGCGCCUCACUGGGCGAUGCUGUCGUUUGUAUUUUUGUUGUGCUUUUCCCGUGGAGCUUUUGUCAAAUACGCUAUUCUAUCGCGGAGGAGUCGAAAGAAGGUUCUUAUGUGGGAGAUGUAGCAAAGGAUUUGGGGUUCAGUGUGGAUAUACUGGCGGAGCGAAGGUUUCGGAUUGUAUCUGGCUCUAAGGAAGGUCUUUUGCAGAUAAACCAAGAUAAUGGCGUGUUGUAUGUGAACAGAAACAUCGACAGGGAGGAGCUGUGUGAGAAAAUCAGUGUGUGUUUAAUCAACCUAAAAACCGUCGCCGAAAAUCCAAUGGAAAUACAUUAUGUUGAGGUUGAAAUUACGGAUAUAAAUGACCAUUCUCCCAUUUUUCCAGAAAAGGAGAAACGCUUAGAGAUUGCAGAGAAUGCUGUGCUCCAAGGAACGCGUUUUCCUCUUGACGCUGCGCGUGACCCUGAUGUUGGAGCAAAUAGUCUCUGUAAGUACACUCUCAGUCAAAACGAUAACUUUGACUUAGAUGUUAAAACUCGCGGUGAAGAUAAAAUUCCUUUUCUGAUUUUGAAAAAGACGCUAGACAGAGAGCAGAAACCUGAAAUUCGACUGAUUUUGACUGCGUUUGACGGAGGUGAGACAGCUAGAUCUGGCACAGUCAAUGUAACAAUACAUGUGAUUGAUGUCAAUGACAACGCACCAGUCUUUGACAGACAGGUGUAUACGGUAACUUUAUAUGAAAAUCCUCCCGUAGGUGCCUCAGUUCUAAGAUUACACGCCACGGAUAUAGAUGAUGGCGCCAACGGACAGGUUAUAUACACUUUUGAUAACAGUCUUAAAAACAAAGCGUUCGAUUUAUUCGAGAUAGAUGAUGUUACAGGUGAGAUCACUGUAAAAGGAUUAAUAGACUUUGAAGAGCAGAGUGUUUAUGAAAUUGACAUGCAGGCCUCUGACAAAGGUCCAGUUACAUUAACUGGUCACUGUAGUGUUGUUAUUAACGUGAAAGAUGUAAAUGACAACGCACCUGAGAUGGACGUGACGUCCCUAUCAAGCCAAGUCCCCGAGGAUGCACGACCCGGUACAGCGGUAGCUCUUAUCAGCGUGUUUGAUAUGGACUCUGGUGAAAACGGCUUAGUUAUAUGUACAAUCUCAGACAACAUCCCUUUCGAAUUAAAACCGUCCUUUCAGAAAAAUAUGUAUUCGUUGAUUACUAAAAGCAGAUUGGACAAAGAGUCAGAGCCUGUGUACACAGUGACUAUAACUUCUACAGAUAAAGGAGUCCCAUCACUGUCUUCCCACAAAACCAUCACAGUCCAUAUUUCAGACGUUAAUGAUAACAGUCCUGUGUUUUCUCGGAGUCAGUAUACUUUUUAUGUACCGGAAAACAAUGCUCCACACGCGUCUGUGUUUUCCAUGAGUGCCUCAGAUAGAGACCAAGAUGACAACGCUCGUGUGUCUUAUAACAUUUGGAAAAGUGAUGGCGACGCUCCUACUAUAUCCUACCUAAAUAUUAAUUCUGAUGAUGGUAGCAUUUACGCGCUAAAAAGCUUUGACUUUGAAACACUUAAAACAUUCCAAUUCCAAGUUGUAGCUACAGACUCUGGAACUCCGUCAUUAAGCAGCAACGUCACAGUGAAUGUGUUCAUUCUGGAUCAGAACGACAACGCUCCAGUGAUCUUGUAUCCAGUCAGCGCUAACGGUUCCACUGAAGGUGUGGAGGAGAUUCCCCGCAAUGUGAACGCAGGCCAUUUGGUGACUAAAGUGAGAGCCUAUGACGCUGAUAUAGGAUAUAACGGCUGGUUAUUAUUUUCACUGCAGGAAGUUACUGACCACAGUCUCUUUGCUUUGGACCGUUAUACAGGACAGAUAAGGACACUUCGGUCAUUCACAGAGACCGACGAGGCUGAGCAUAAACUGGUCAUACUGGUAAAAGACAAUGGGAACGUUUCACUCUCAGCAACUGCUACUGUGAUUAUCAACGUUGUGGAGCCCAAAGAGGCUUUUGCAGCUUCUGAUGUUAAAAGCGCAGUAAAAGACGAGGAGGAGAACAGCGUUACAUUUUAUUUGAUCAUCACUUUGGGGUCAGUUUCAGCACUUUUUAUCAUCAGUAUCAUCGUGUUGAUUGUAAUGCAGUGCUCCAAAGCCCCAGACGAUCCCUCCAAGUAUUUACAAGAUGUGAAUUACGACGGGACACUGUGCCACAGCAUCCAGUACAGAUCCGGAGACAAACGGUACAUGUUAGUUGGACCCAGAAUGAGUAUAGGUUCUACUAUAGUCCCGGGCAGCAAUGGGAAUACUCUAGUGGUACCUGACCACAGGAGGAGAGCUUCUGGAGAGCUCUGCAGGAGAACAUAUACCGUGCAGAUAAAGUAA